AUGUCUGCAUUAUCCGUUAAUAAUUGUCUCGUAUUAAUGGUGUUUUUGGUUAUGAUCACUUUAAUUGCGGCGAGAGUUCACUCCCAGCAAGAAUUACUCGACACAACAAUACACACGGAUUAUAAACGUUUAGCAAAAUAUUGUUACAUACAUGAUUUUGAAUUAUGGGCUGAUAGACAAAAAGAAUUAACAUUAUGGUUAAGAUUAUCGAAAAUAAUGAAAUUAAGUCGAAACGAUUAUCUAGAAAUCCAAAAAGAAGUUGAACAAUAUCGACUUCAAUAUGAAUGUUUAAAAAUUAUCGAACGAUUACCUCUAUCCAUCGGACCUGGUAGAACUCGACCAGAUGAUUACGAUGGCAUAAACUUUGCAACCAAAGGUCAUGUAGAGCUAGAAGAUGCCUCAUUUUAA